AUGACUAUCGGCGCACCUGCGGUGGAUCCUCUUUCGAUAUUCCCCCCGGAGAUUGUCCUCCAAAUCCUGGAAUUCGCACCCGUAUCGGCCCUCGCGUCCCUGACUGCUACGUCGAAGGCCUGGCAUCAGUUCAUUGAUUCCACCCAUCAAGAAGCUAUCUACAAUUCGGACUCGAAGACCUCACAACCUGCUGGCGGUGCCCGAGACUUUUCGUUCCUCGAAAAUACACACAGUUUUGCCAAAGUAUUCGAGAACCCAGAGUCAUGGAAGGAUCUAUGCAAGCGCCAGACGCAGCUUGCUCGAAACUGGGCGGAUAAAUGUCCCGUGAGCCAGGAGUCUGUGCUCCAAGUUGGAAAUGAUCCAGUCUGGCGAUUCAAAGCCGAUUUUAAGCGUCGAUUUUUCGUUUCCACCUCUCACGCCGGAGGAUUGAACGUCACUGAUAUGGACACGGGCGACAUCUUAUGGCGACUUCCCUCCGUGACGGUCGACCCUGACCAUGGAGUCCGCAAAUAUGCCCACUUGGAGUAUCAGGAUGGAAUGGCUGUGUUUGAUAGUGAAGGAGAUUCCGUAGAGGUCUGGCAGACAGAUCAAGAAGGCGCCAAGCGCGGAGAGUUCCGCCACAUUGCAACUCUGACUCAUGAUUGCCAGACCAGAGGCUUCCAAUUGUCUCAUUGGAAUCUUUGUGUUGUGUCAAACAAGGGCCAGGGAUUUGUUUACGACAUGAAACAGCGGCCUCCGCAAUUGAUGACACACCUGAAGAUCGAAAAAGAUGGUAUCGGGCAUCUAGACCAGAGCAAGGACGCAGUGAUCUAUUCAAUGGGAAAGAAGGGCUAUUUUGCAUACAACAAGGAAGCAGGUGCAUUCCUGGGAAACUUGCAACCGUCCUUCUGCACUGACAAAUAUCACAUUCGCCCUCCCCCGCCCAUUUUCCCUUCUGCUGGUGCGACUCUGGCUGGUACUGCGAGACUCGGACCAUCAAAUGGAUUCUUCCCACAGGACGCGCCAAACAAGGAUGUGCUGGUCCCAAUCAAUGUCGAAAAGGGCCCUCUUCCUUCACCAAGUGACCCUGAACACGUGAGAAAUGAAGAAGAUGAUUGGGGAUCAGGUAUGAUCCGCGGCGAUCUCUUUGUGGGAGUCUCUCGCGCUGGUCGUAUCUUCAUUUGCUCCAACUGGCGCAAGGCUGUCCAAGACCCAGCUAGUCUCGCGGCGAACAGCUCUAUUCUUGAAUGCGAGUCCGAUGGUUCCAGCUUUGACUUCGGGGGCUGGCUAUCCAUCCGUAACCACCGAGUCAUGUUCGAGAUCCAGGACCGCAUCUACAUCGUUGCUCUUGAUGACAACGACAAGAUUCAGGACGUCAAGCACCCUGCCCGCGCUUCCUACUCGCUGGUUACCAGCUCUGCACCCCAACUUGCCGCUCCAAUCAGUUACAUGGCGUUGGCAGAUGAUGCUAUCAUGAGCACUUUUACUAUUCUUGGCUGGCGCAAUCCCAGUGAUAUUCCCGCAGCCCCAGGUGCAAACCGGGCCCGUGUCUUCCCCACCAAGGCCAUUCGCAUCGUUAGCUUGGCUCCCGACCUCAUCAACAAAGCUACUCCUUCAUCAUCAACCGAAGACACACAAAAUCCCAGUCAGGACCCGCUCGGCCAAGGCACGUUUGACACGCAAGCUGGACUCAUACAGUUGCUCAGCAUGCUUCGCGAGGAGGCCUUGAAUGACGCAGACUUUGAAGGAUCUUUCGACGGCGAAUCAGAAGAGUGGGAGAGCGUGGAUGAAAACGACGAAGAAGAAUAUGAUGAUCAUGAUGAUGAUGAUGAAUCCGGUGAUGAAUCCGGAAAUACGCAUGCGCAUGACAGUGCCUAG